AUGAAUUUAUCAAUACCUAACCUUUCCGAAGCGGUAGCUGUUAUUCCGCUACCGCUCUCGGCGAUUCUGUCAUCGAUAUCUUGGAAACAGCUUAUCAUACCUGGCGUUCUCAUAUACGUAGGGUUAUGCAGAGCGUUACGCUACCGCCGCGAGCAUGCUCUACGCCGAAAGCUUGGAUAUACCGACCGCUCCUCGUUCUCACGCAUGACAGCUGUUGAAGCCCAGCAGGUCAUCAGGUUCAUGGCUACGUGGGAGAUGCCGCUCUUACACUUCUUGGCUUUGGAAUUUGGGCUCUUCAAGACGUACGGUGUCGAAAGCAUAAGUCGUUUACUUCUUGGCACGAGAAACUUGACAGAUCCGGUUAUGAGCCUCAAACGAUUCGAGGAUACAUCAGCUUUAAUCGGCGAGUUCAUGCUAAACCCGCCAACAUCGGAGCGAGCUAUGAAAGGGUUGGCCCGGAUGAACUUCCUUCACAGCAAGUACGUCAAGGAGGGGACUAUCUCUAACACAGAUCUGCUGUACACUCUAUCUGUGUUCAUAUUAGAACCGCCACGCUUCGCACGCCUGUACGAAUGGCGACCUAUGAACGAUAUGGAAUACUGUGCAUACGGCGUCUUUUGGAAGUCGGUAGGCGACGCUAUGGGUAUCGAGUACAAAGGUCUCCUGGCACACGCUGAAUCGGGAUGGCGUGACGGUAUCGAGUUCGCCGAUGACGUUGCAGCUUGGGCUCAGGCUUACGAGGUUCAAGUUAUGAAGCCUAGUCCCGUGUCCGCCAAGCCCGCCCGAGCAUUAAUACCUAUGAUAACAUAUUGGGUGCCAUGGUUCGCGAAGCCUUUUGUAGCCGACAUCGUGAUUGGCCUUCUCGGUGGGAGAGUGCGCGAGGCAUUUAUGUUACCCGAGCCCGAUAUCACGGCCGUCGCUACCGUAUACUCUCUUCUCACGCUUCGACGUUUCGUCUUGCGAUACCUAAUGUUGCCGCGCUUCUUCGAGCUUAAACGGUUAGGCGACCCUGAUCCAAAUACGGGCCGCAUCGCGCAGCCUAUACCAUACGGUAACUAUCCCUUCUACAUCAAACCGACGCUAUGGAACCGUUGGGGACCUGUGGCCUGGGCUAUCUGGCUAUACGGCGGUAAGGUACCAGGAGACAACCCGGAAGAAUAUAUGCCGCAAGGAUAUUUGUUUUCAGACAUAGGCCCUAAGAACCGCAUGGGUCUAGGGAUUCAAGAGGUGGAAGCCGAUGCCGAAAGAAUCAAGGCUAGCAGAUGGACCGGAUGCCCUUUUUAA